GGGAAAUUCAAAAUAUAGAUGGGAUCCAUUCGCUCCAUUCCAUGUGUACAAACCCUACAAAUCCCCUCCCACCUUCCCUCGAUCCACCAAGAACCCUAGCUAGAGCAGGGAGCAGAUCAGGCGGCUGCCCUCCGUGAUGGCGAACUUCAGGAUGGACGAGGACGACGAGUUGUUUCACCGCUACGAACCUGAGGUGCUGGCCGCCAACGGCAUCGACUAUCCCCCCCGCGAUGCUAGGAUGCGCAUCAAGUGGUGGGCUUUUCUGAUGCAAGUGGAGGGUAAUUUGAGACCUACAAAUAUGUCGGUACCUUCGGCAAAGAUCAUCAGGUACCCAGAUCAAAGGGAGAAGGCAUGGGGAUGGUGGAGGCUGCUGCCGAUCUAUCAGGGCCUCGGUCCGGACAUGCCCCUGUACCGGGAGUACCUCUGCGAGUACUACCUCCGCAAUCCUCCUGAAUCUGUUGAUGACUCUGCCUGUACUGAGCACAAGUUUGUGGUCCGAUCUGCAUGGACAAAUGAGAAUGGCCGUCUCAUUCCUCUCGCCCGCAAGUGCCUGGAGAUGGAGGCCAAGUUCAUCGGUCUGUGUGAGAGGAACAAGAUAAAAUUAACUGACACUGAGACUGCCCUGAGCCACAAAAUCAAGCAGCAUGCGCAGGACAUAGUUGAUGGAGCGUGUGAAUAUGCUGGUGCAUAUGCUGCCGCUGCUGCUUUGGUGUGUAUCUGCAAAGAGGCUGAGUUGAUGUGCGAGAGGGCUAUGUGCGGGAGAUACAACUCUGGUAACAUGACUUGCAUGCUCUGCAAUCAGAUCAGAGAGCAUGCCAUCAGUCUUAUGUUGUACAAAGGGUCUGGAUCCAUCGCCGCCGCUGCUGGUGCCGCCAUGGUGGGCGCUGCAAAGGAGGCAAAGCUGUUACGUGAGAAUCUGUGCAAUCUAGGCUGUGACGAAGAAAUGUCUGUUUCCAUUCGGGAGGAAGCCUGUUGCAUUCUGCAGGACAUGCGCACUGAAGCUCUUGGUGCUAAUGGGAAGAACAGCAUUGCUGCUGCUGCUGCUGCUGCUAAUGGAGCAGAGAAAUCUACUAGGUACGGUCUAUAAACAGGAAUCAUGUCGCGAGUCAAAAAGGUCUUACUGGAUGCAUGUUGCAGUUGCUUGUUUGAACGGAAAUAGAGAAAAUACAACUUGUGAAAUGCUCGUAUCGAUAUUUGUCCCUGAAUGCAUCGGAAUUUUCCUUUU